CGUCGUCGCCACUUUAUGUAGUUCGCGGGAAUUUUUUUCAAAUUUCAUAUACGAGUUACGUAUGUAUAGUUUUCACAAUGAAUUAUACAAGAUACAAGUUCCGACCAUGUACCCUGAUCUCCUUUUCCAUCAUCUUAAUAUUGAAUAUAAUUUCUUUAAAUGGUGAUAUUAUUGUAAAAAGGCACCAGGACAUUUUGGAUGAUCUACCAAGGGCAUCGGAUUUGGACCACUAUCUUAGUAUAUUGGAGAAAGCAGUAGAUUUUUGUGUUGAAAAUAAAUAUGGCGUGGAUAUGAGUUUAGACUUCGGCUUAUUUUUAGCUGGAGUAACAAUAAACCAAGUUUUGAGGGAAAAAAUACAGAAACUACCACCUAAACUAGUUGUCCGUUUAGAACAAGUGCUCCAUAAGUAUGGCGAAAUAAAGGACUACUUUAACGUAAAUGUAAGAAAGGGGCUGCUACGUAAAUACGGUCCCUCAGCACAAAUAACACACCUGGUAUAUAAUAUUAGUUCAUGGCAGUUACCUUUGGAUAAAUUCAAUUUGAAUCUUAUGAAACGUACGACGAUAUACGACGGAAAUCGGUUGAGAGAGAUAUAUGGAAAUUGGGAUUCCUAUAUAAAAACUGUCACAAACUAUAUGAGUUUUCAUCCUUCACUCGAGGAUUCUGACGCAUGCAUUGCACGUUUGGCGCGACUACCUAUAUUCCCACCGACUCGGAUAGCUCAAGCUAAAUGCAAACUCCCGACAUUGUGCAUAAGUUACCUGUUUGUAGGAGAUGUUUUUGGAUAUGGAUUGGCACACAGGCUUUUACUGUUUGUUAUGGCAAAGCAUUCUCGAAAUUGUGCCGUAUUUGGAAAAGAAGUAGACAAAGACAAAAUGGACAAGUUUUGCUCCACUUUAUAUCUUGAAUGCCAGUAUAAUGCGCUUAACGACUUUGCUAUGCCCGAUUUGGUUUUCGAAAUUGUUGCACUCUGCGGGUUGCUGGGCAACGCUCAGUUUUUAACCAAUUCCUGGAUGAAAUUCCUUACGACUUAUCAAACCAGAGACGGGUACUUCAAUGGAGAUAUAAUUGGAAUGGAACAUAUAGACACAAAUAUGAACGUUACUGAUCAAAAUGAGCUGAACAAGCACACAACGGGAACCGCCGUGGCAGCCUAUGCAAACGUUAUCAGAUAUAUAAUAGAAACCCACUACUAAUUGAUCCUAUAUUCAGUAUAUACAAUUAAAUGAUUAUAAAAUAUUCGUUAA